UUUAGCGGAGAGCCGCCGCUCGGCUGGGCGUGUCCGGCCGUGUUGUUGUCGGCGCGGCAGCUGGAGGAGCGCGCGGCACCGACCACCGGGACGCGGUGCGGUCGAACGGCGGGAGCCCCCCACCCCCUCCCCCCGCUGGAGCUGGUUCAGUCUGCAGUUCUUCACCAGAACGAAGGGAGAGAAGAAACGUCUGAUGUUUGAGGAGGAGACAAGGGAGGUGUGGCGCUCCAUGACGGGAGGAGGAGCACGUUGGAGGAGAUCUGAGAUCAGCUGAAGGUUUGGAGGAACUUCAAGAACGUCUGGAUGUUCUCCGCAGCUGCUCGUCCUGAAGAUGGCCUCCAACUUCAACGACAUCAUCAAGCAGGGCUACGUGCGCAUGCGCAGCCGCAAGCUGGGGAUCUAUCGGCGCUGCUGGUUGGUGUUCAGGAAGUCUUCCAGCAAAGGACCGCGGCGCCUGGAGAAGUAUCCGGACGAGAAGGCGGCCUUCAUCAGAGCCUGUCCUAAAGUCACAGAGAUCAGCAGCGUGAAAAACAUCACGCGGUUGCCGCGGGAUACCAAACGGCAGGCGGUGGGCGUGGUCCUCACAGAUGACACAUCUCGCACCUUCACCUGUGACUCAGAGCUGGAGGCUGACGACUGGUUCAAGCUGCUGUCGGUGGAGUGCCUGGGCAUGCGGCUGAACGACAUCAGCCUGGGGGAGCCGGACCUGCUGGCCGCCGGAGUCCAGUGUGAGCACACAGAGCGCUUUAACGUCUUCCUCCUGCCCUGUCCUAACCUGGACAUCUACGGGGAGUGCAUGAUGCAGGUGACCCACGAGAACAUCUACCUGUGGGACAUCCACAAUCCCCGCUCCAAGCUGGUGACCUGGCCUCUGUGCUCGCUGCGGCGCUACGGCCGGGACACCACCCGCUUCACCUUCGAAGCUGGACGGAUGUGUGACAGCGGAGAAGGUCUCUACACCUUCCAGACCAGAGAAGGAGAGCAGAUCUACCAGAGGGUCCACUCGUCCACGCUGGCCAUCGCAGAGCAGCACAAGAAGGUCCUGCUGGAGAUGGAGAAGAGCAGCAAGCUGUCGUCUAAGGGCUCCGAGGCCGGCUCGUAUCCGUGCACGCCCACCGCCAUCCUGCCCAGAUCUGCCUACUGGCACCACAUCACCGGAAACCAGGCUGGCGCAGAUCCUGUUAGUGGACGCUCUGUAGAGGAGCUGCCGGCCCGCCGGCCGCCAUGUCGUCACGCCACCCUGAGCCAGGCCAACACGCGGUCUCAGCCGUGCAUUCACAUGCACUCACCCAAGCACUACCCCACUUUCCCGGGACUGUGACCCCCCCUCACAGAGACCUCCUUGCAUGCACCCCCUGACUCCUGAAGUCCUGCGUGGUUUUUACCGCAUCUGUCGAGGAGUCCUGAUGAUCAAUCAGCUGUCAGAGGAACCCGGAGCGUCUCCACGCUGAAGCCGGUCUGGAGGAACAGAGCUGGAGGUGCCGAUAGCUCCUCGGUCGUGUUCGUCUGUGGAUGUGAAACACAGACGCGGCGCCGUGUCAGCCUCGCUGUGCGGCGGUAGCAUGCUAGCCUCCGUUUGUCAUGAACAUGGAGUCUAGUGACGUGUGUGAUGCUAGCUUUAGCCGGGUUCUUCUGGAGCCGCAUGCUAACGUUUUCUGCUGAGUCAUGAUCUGACCUUUGAAUGAGAUUCCCUUCGUUUUUAUACAGUCACUUUCAACUGGAGGUUGAUAAAACCCACAGCAGCAAAGGGGCCUUGAAAGCACCGCGAGGCCUGACCUACAAACGGAAAGCUUCCCGCCGCCGGAGUCUCCGGUUCCGUUACAUGUGGAUUACGCCGCAGAACCGAGGAGUCUGAGUUCAUGUUUCCACUUCAUGAUGGUGUUUCUCACUCGUCUGUCAUCUCUCUGCAUGUGGAUUGUUUUAUUGAAAACAAUGUCUGGAGUUUAGAGUCAGAACUUUGGAUCUUCUGCUUUCUGUGAUACUAAAUGACUGGAGUUAUUUAUUAAUCAGUUUGAAACAUGAAAACAUCAACAGUUUUUGAAGUUGAUCUUUAUAAAGUGUAGCUAAUUUCACUUAAUAUAGAUGUUUUUGUUUUUAAUAUUUAAUUAUUCUAUCUGCCAAAUCUAGUAAAAAAACUUCACACACAUUGAA